UUCAAUGUUCUUUGUUCCAGUGUACGACGCCUCGGUUAAAUUCCCGUCAGGCAUAAUCACCGGCAAUUACAAACAGCUGGGUAAUUUUGACGAAUGCUUACAAGUGAAGACCAAACACGGGUUCGUCGGGCAAGCUUGCAACGCAGCGGUGCAGUUCGAGAUCUUCGAAGACAACAAGACGCGACGUGAAUUGGACAUGGGGGACCUGCUUACGAAUGUCGCUAUCGCGUCGAAUGCGACGAAAUGGACUUCCGGCGAAUCGACCCAAUACGAGUGGAUGUUUUGCGUUCCGUCCACCUGCAAUCAUACGGAGAUACAGGAGGCUCUCGAGAUCACGCUCGACCCAUUGAAAGUCGAAGGGCGUGUAGACAUGACUAUCACCGUUUCUAAGGAAUCAUGCUAUACCAUUGAGACCGUUCAGACAACGUGGAACAUUGGGGAUUGGUGUUACACAUCGAUUCUUGUGCUGUUCGCAUUGAUCAUCAUAGCCAGCACGGGAUACGAUAUUGCGAUGCAACGGCGUGCUAGCGCGUCGGAAGGUAUUUUUGCGGCGUUUUCUUUGUACAAGAAUGGAAAAGAGCUGUUGAAAACUGAGAGACAUCCGGGAUCUAUUCGCUGCCUAGACGGCUUGCGCUUCGUCAGCAUAUGCUGGAUCAUUUACGGUCAUACCUAUUACAUGAAGGUCGUUGAUGUCAAUAUGAACCUCACGCAGAUUCCACGUAUGCACCACGAUUGGAACAACAUGCUGGUGCUUAACGGCAACAUCGUCACAGAUACCUUCUUCCUUCUGAGCGGGCUCCUACUCGCUUACAACGAACUGUUGAAGAAGGAACGAGCCUUAGAGUGGCGUUUCGACGUGAUAGGACUUUAUCUUCAUCGUUAUGUAAGAUUAACGCCGGCCUACGCGAUGAUGAUCGGUUUUUAUGCCACUCUGUUCUACAAAUUCGGUACAGGCCCGCAUUGGGACACCUGGGUCGGUACUAACCAAAACUUCUGUCGCGAGAAUUGGUGGACCAACUUGCUCUACGUUAACAACUAUGUCAACGUAGCGAACAUGUGCAUGUCCCAAUCCUGGUACCUAUCGACCGAUAUGCAGUUUGUUUGGCUGUCGCCGCUUGUACUGUAUCCUAUGCUCAAGUUUAGAAGUCUGUUCUUCACCAUUGUUUUGACCGUCUGUUUAUUUCUUUCGGUCCUCGUGCCCUUUGUUAUAACUUAUUAUUUCGAACUAACGGGCACCAUGCUCUAUUACAAGAGGGAGGAGGACGUAAUCCAGGUUUAUCUGAAGAUCUAUAUAAAGACAUACAAUAGAUUUGGGCCUUACGUCAUUGGAUUAGGCCUUGGAUACUUGUUAUAUAAGACGCGAUCUUGCAAAGUCAAGUUAUAUACUUGGUGCGUGAUUCUCGGCUGGCUGAUCGCGAUUAUGGCCGGCCUCUCGGUGAUUUUCGGACCGCGAGGCAUGUACUUCGACACUCACGUGUACAACAGGCUGGAGGCAAGCUUCUACGCCGGUUUCCAUCGUCAGGUCUUUGUACUCGCGGUCUCCUGGAUAAUCUUCUGCUGCAUAAAUGGAUACGCAGGUCCCAUCAAUUAUUUACUUUCUUGGCAUGGAUGGAUUCCGUUCAGCAAAUUGACCUACUGCGCUUAUCUCUCUCAUUAUCUGGUCAUACUAUCACACGUCGGAGCCGUUCGAACACCCGGCAAUUUAACACAGAUGAAUAUGAUACGCGAUUUCAUCGCCAAUUUAGUACUGACGAUGAUGAUAUCUGUGCUGUGGAGGCUGUGCUUCGAGACGCCCUUCAUGACCCUCGAUAGGAUCGUUCUUGCUAAACGCAAGGAAAACUUGUCGAAGCACUUGGAGACUUACGACUCCACGUCGUCCGGAGAAAUCAAAGAGAUUUCCCAGUCAAAGGAAUCGUCGCUCACGUACGACAACCCUGGAGAACGCGACGUUACCCACUACGAUCUUAUGAGAAUUAAGGGAAGUAAAGAAAAUUGCGCGAAUGGCGUAGAAUACAUCAACGACGAUGCGGAAACAAGUCUCGGUAAAAUAUACUUUAUCAAUCCUGUCAAACGCGACGAGACAUGGUCGCAGCAUGAAUCAACAGUAAAUUCCGAUAACACAAGGUCCCAUUACGUCAACGUCGAUCUUUGCCGCAUUUUUAACGAAGGACGACCGAGAGCAUGUUCGAAUGGGAAAGAAUUAGAGUCGAUCAACAGCGAUCCUGCUCACAGAGCGAAAGCAAAUCAGUGCCUGAGGGAUAGUGGUUAAAAGACCGAUUGUAUUUAAUCUAGUCUAGUUAUUAAUAAUAACAACACUAUUUAUAAUUAUUAUGUAAAUAGUCGUUGUGUGAGAUAAAUUUGCAGGAUGAUGGAUUUGAAUCCAUUUUCAACAAGAGAGAAAUAGAAUAAGAGUAAGAGUGAUAUAAUAAUCGAGAUUUUAUACGAAAGAACAAGUAGACAAAGGAGCGAGAUAUUUUGUUUACACGUAUAAUAUAUAGUACAGUCUACAAUAAACUAGAAAUAUCGACAGAUACAUAUUAAUUUGCGAAAAUGUUCGCCAGACAGAGAAUUAAAAGCGCAACUAUAUUUUUAGAUAAUAAUAUAUAAGAGAAUUAUUUUUUUAUUUAAUCAAUUUUUUAUUUUUUUGAUAGUGAUUAUUGUGAUAAAGCGAGAUGUGUUAUUAUUAAUAAAUAUACAUUAGAUUAUGCGUACUAUAGAAAAGGUUCGUGCAAAGAGAAUAUGUAUAAUUAUACAAAGCGUUACCGAUUUAUCGGUGCGAAUUGCAGUAUUAAUCGAGAGAGUUAAAAUUAAAGAAUAUAUUUUAUU